GGGAGCGGGAGCGGCCCCGGAGCGGACGGUGCGCCCGGCGCUGCCCCGCACCGCGCUCGAGGGAGGGGCCGCUCCCAUGGAGGCAUUCCCGGGCACCAAGCUGGAGCAGCACCGGCACCUCCCGCCCGUGGAGUGCCUGCCGGGCGCCCGCUACGCCGGCCGGAGCCACAGCGCCUGCGGGAACGUCUUCAACUCCUGGAACGACUACCUGGGGCUGGCCACGCUCAUCACCAAGGCCGUCCGGCCCGGCAAGGGCUUCGGCGCCGAGCCCCCCUCGGUGGUGGUGGCGGCCGCCGUGCCGCCGGCCGAGGAGGAGGAGGAAGAGGAGGAGGAGGAGGAAGAGGCGGCGGGGCCGUACUUCGAAGGCGCGCUGGACUUGCACGACCUGGACCUGUGCGGGCAUCACCAUCACCACCACCACGGCGAGGGGCUGCUGGAGGAGCGCUUCGCCGACUUCAGCCCCUUUCCCGGGCGCGGCGGCCCCGCCGCCGUGGUGUUCGACUGCUCGGGGGAGCACCCGGGCCGGGAGGGCUCUGCCCACGCCUGGGGCGGUGUGGUGGUGGCGGGGCGGCUGCCGGCGCACCCGCGGGCCGCCUCCCGCCUGCUCAAGCCCGAGCUGCAGGUCUGCGUCUUCUGCCGGAACAACAAGGAGGCGGUGGCCCUCUACACCACGCACAUCCUCAAGGGACCCGACGGCCGCGUCCUGUGCCCGGUGCUGCGGCGCUACACCUGCCCCCUCUGCGGCGCCAGCGGCGACAAUGCCCACACCAUCAAGUACUGUCCCCUCUCCAAAGUGCCGGCGGCCCGGCAGCUCCGGCACGCCCGGACCGCCCUGGGCAGGAAGGGCCGCUAGCGGCCGGGACCCCCGGGCCUCGCCCCGUGCCCCCCACGCUGACACUGCCCCGGCCCCGCUGGAACGCGCGGAGCCCGCGCCGGGCCCGGGGACUGCGAGGCGGAGAUGCGCUGUGUUUGUUUAUUGUAAGAAAAAAUAUAUCUAUAUGUGAUUUUUACGGAGACGCCGAGAUCUGACUGGGUGGAUGUGCGCACGGGGGGGUUCCAGGGUUAGAGCCACGGCCGGGGAGGUGGCGGGGGUCCCCGGUGGCCGCCGCUUCUGCCGCCCGGCUCUGCCCGUCCCGAGCGCUCCGUGCCGGCGGGGCAUUGCCCGGGAGAGCUGCUCUUCACUGCCAGUUAAUAGCACGGCAUUUAACUAGGGUACCACACUCCGCCUUUCGGCUCUUAAAGCAAACAUCCGAGCGAUUUCCUUUGCCGGUUUCAAAACCGGUGAGCAAAUCGCGAUGGAACCUGUCCCCUCGGUAAUUAACAGCUGCUGCCCGAAAUCGCAGCAUCCGUGCGGUCACCGUUCCUCUCGUGGGCACCGAUGGCUCGGGGGUCCCCGUGUCGAAUACUCAGCUUUAGGGAAAGUCUGAGAGGAGAAAACAUCCGAGUGCGUGUUUGAAAACGUGAUGACUCUGUGCCAGAGUGCAAACGGAGCCCUCUCUGCUGACAGGAAGGCGGUAAGAAUGGCAAUCGAGAAAGCUUUGUGGCAGCUGUGUUUGUGGUGGAGAACGGGGGAAGCCUGAUGGAAAGAGACCUGGACAAAGCAGAAGACUGUGACCGUAGGAGAUUGGAUGAGAGGGAGGUUGUUUAUUUUCAAGAGUUCAGAGAAUGUGGCUUUAACUCUUUGCAAGUGAAACAGAUCUACCCAUGUGGAUAACAAAUAUCCUUAACACUACAGAGACUGUACAAAGCACAAGAGUUAGGCUGCAGUCCUGGACCGCUCUGGGUGACGGCAGUUCCUUGGUACUGAGUAUCAGCCAGGGCUAUAUCACUUCUAAUCCCCAAGAGAAAAGAAAUUACUUUUCUUUGUUUGUUUUGGGGCAUUUUUUUGUGGUUUUGGGUUUUUUUUUAAGCCAGAAGUAGGUCAAGAAGCAGCAGCAGUUUGGAGUUUGAGUGCUCUGGAGCAGAAAGAUGGGUGCUGAAGUUUUCAGUGCAGAGGGAUCACACUGCUGUGUGGCUUUACCAACACCUGGGGUGUGGAGGGAUGCUCAGUCCACAGGGGCUGCCCUGACAAGAGCAGGGAGGUGAAGAGAGCCUUGUGGAGGAACUGCUGGGACAUCACCAGGAGGAUGAGAAGGGAGAUGGUUCCUGACAGAAAAGGGGAACUGGUAAAGUGAGGAGUAAUCCACACUUGUGUGGUUUCCUUUUGAAAAGCUGCUCAGAAGGGGUCAGGAGAACAGGACAGUCAAGAAUGGAGUCAAAAUGUGUGGGAUAGGGUGAGGGUGAGGACCCAGGGUUCAUUAUUCAUCAUUGCUGUUGGCUCCCAGCCACAGCAAUUAGAAGGGAGAAAGUGGUUUUGUGUGGAAGUGUUCCCUUAAAUCUCCAUCAGAUGGCUCCAAAGAUGGUGUCAGGUCUAAUUAUCAAAUGCAGUAGGGUUUGCAUUAAACAAUACUCAGUGGCUGCAGCUGUCCUUGUGCCAGCCUUGUGCUCAAUACAUUACAUUUUGUCUCUUGCCCUUUGGGGAGUGCACCACAGGCUCUUUUAAGCUGUUAAAGUUAGAUGUGUUUGGUUUUGUGAUUCCUGGUCCACAUAGGUUUAAUCUGUGUCCACCACACAUUAGAAUUGAGCUCAAGUGUGAUGCUGUGGGAAGAGUUUUCUUCUGUACUUUUGUUACCUACUUGUGGGAAGUUUGAAGAUCCUUAUAUACAUUUUAAUGCAGUUGACUGUUACUGGACACAAAAGCAAGAAAGAUCAAAGAAAAUCUGUCUCGGGUGUUUUCUGAGGGUUAACUGGCCGGGCUGGAUUGGAGGUGUUUGCCAUGUCCCUGCCCCACCUCUCUGGUCUUUACAUUGAGCUGCUGAGCAGUACCAGCCCUAUAGCAACACCUGGAAAUCCCUCAGGAUAACGGCAGAUCCUGUCUUGGAUGGCACUGGCCCUCUGCAGAGCCUGUGCAAGAGGAAAACGUGUAUCCACAGCCUGUGCUGCUGCCUGUUGCUGCUGGUUCUGCCCUCCAGGUACCUGCAGCCUUGCUCUGGAAAGGCCAAGAGCUGCCUGUCCUCUCUGCUGCUCAGCUUUAGGCAUCUCAUCAAAGGCUUAACAGGCUGACACCAUUCAGCAAUACUCUUUAGGCACAGGAAGAAAACUUGCUUACACACAGCAGUUCCUGCCAAUGACAGCAGCCCAAGGACAGUAAAACAACAAAGAUAUGUUACGUUUACAGCAAGACAAGCUUUCCAGUACUCUCACUGUCUGAGGUGCCUCCUGGCUGCCCACCAGCCCACCCCAACAUCCUCGUGGCCUCUCUGAGGUCACCAAAGUCACCACAUGCCCUGGGCUCCAGUUGUGGCUGUGCCCAGUCAGGACUGUCACCACUGCACCCAGCCAGUUCUCAUAAAUAUGGAUUUCGUAAAAAAUUAUUAGUUUUUAUAGGUAAAGCACUCUAGAGAAAGCUUAAAUAUAAUGUCAAUUAUGCCCUCCUGCUGAGGACCCUGAUGACCCUCAUCCUGCCUGUGGGCUGGGUCAGUGUCUGGACUGCUCCUGGAGCAGGAAAGAAACAGCACUUUUCAUAGCUGACACUGCCUUGCUGGAGAUUUGGUUUAAUCCAGCAACAUUUGCAUCCAUUCAAACAGCAGCAGCCUUAAGUUCUGCCUUCUAAAUACAGCCUGUGACAGUUUGUAUUCUUCUAAGGUACGCUGAAAAUUUUAGCUGUUUAAUGGAACAUGACUCAAGGCAAAGAUUGACAAAGAACUCAUUUGGCUUCAUCAACAUUUUCAGGUAACCAAAUUUUGUGCUCAUGUUUAAUGAUGGCAGGAGAUGGAGGUUUGAGCUGUUGGAUUUGGUCAGCAGAGGUUUUUGAUCACUGUCAGUAUUGUGUCUAAACAGAUGAAGCAAUAAAAUAAACACACUGACAUGUCUGCAAAGCUCUCAUCUCCCCAGCCUCUUCUCAAGCUGCCCAGCCCUGAAUGUAACACUACAACAUUAUCACAAUUUCAAAUAAUGCGAAUUAAAUGCACACACCGGGAAACAGCUUUAGCUGGUGCAGGGAUGACUAACAUCCAUCCCUGUGUGAAAGUGUCUUUGUGUGGAUACAAUUAAAACUAUGUAACUGAAGGGAUAAUCAC